UCUGUAGUCGACGUGUGGGGCAACGUCUUGGUAGCUAAAUUGUCACGGACUUCGGCGUUUCUCUGUAAAAUCUCUGUUCAGUAAUCACCGCGAGUGAUGUCUGCAAUGGAUGACCCAUCACUAGAGAGGCACUUCAAAGGCCACCGAGAUACAGUUACAUCCGUUGAUUUCAACUGCAACAUGAAACAAAUAGCCACAGGGUCCGUGGAUUCAUGUUUGAUGAUCUGGAAUUUGAAGCCUCAGAUGAGAGCGUACAGAUUCGUUGGUCACAAAGACGCAGUCCUCUCCGUACAGUUUUCACCCUCAGGACACCUGGUGGCCUCUGCAUCCAGGGACAAGACCGUCCGUCUCUGGGUACCCAGUGUGAAAGGAGAGUCAACUGUAUUCCGAGCACAUACCGGCACCGUCCGCAGUGUCAGCUUCUCCAACGAUGGUCAGUCCCUCGUCACUGCUUCUGAUGACAAGACCGUCAAAGUCUGGGCUGUCCACCGGCAGAAGUUCCUCUUCUCCCUCACCCAGCACAUAAACUGGGUGCGCUGCGCAAAGUUUUCACCAGAUGGACGAUUAAUUGUAUCAGCCAGUGAUGAUAAAACUAUAAAGAUAUGGGACAAAAACAGUCGUGAAUGCAUACAUUCCUUUUAUGAACAUGGAGGUAUGGUGAACUUCGCUGACUUUCACCCAAGUGGGACCUGCAUUGCAGCAGCAAGCAAUGACAACACAGUGAAAGUGUGGGACAUUCGCACCAAUAAACUUCUUCAGCACUAUCAAGUGCACAGUGCAGCAGUGAACGGUUUGUCCUUUCACCCUAAUGGGAACUUCCUCAUCACCGCCUCCAACGAUUCUACCCUGAAGAUCCUGGACCUGGUGGAGGGGAGGCUUCUGUACACGCUGCAUGGCCAUCAGGGGCCUGCAACAUGUGUGGCCUUCUCUAAGGCUGGUGACUACUUCGCCUCCGGAGGCUCUGAUGAACAGGUGAUGCUGUGGAGGACCAACUUUGACACAGUGGAUUACGGGGAGGUAUUGCGCAAUCAGCAGCGUAAGGGCCUCAGGUGUGAGGGGGGAGUGGCACAAAAUGGAACUUCAAUGCACUCCAAAGGGCCAAUGCACUCCAGCUCUUCCAUCCAGCUUAGAUACCAGUCGAGUGACGCCUCCAAGCCGUCCAAUGGAAGGGGCUCUUCCUGUGAAUGGAGUUGUGGCAAAAACCCAAGUGGACACACCAGAACCUCUGGAGAUCCAUAUAGCCAGUCCUCCUCCAUGGACCAGCAGCAUCCAUAUACCCAGUCCUCCUCCAUGGACCAGCAGCAUCCAUAUACCCAGUCCCUCUCCGUGGAGCAGCAGCAGCAGCAGCAGCAGCAGCAGCAGCAGCAUCAGCAGCAGCAGCAGCAGCAGCAGGAGCAGGACCAACACCCUUUAGCUGCACAGGAAGAAGGGAUACCUGCUGCUCUGGCUAACACUCUGGAGCACAUAGUGGCUCAGCUUGAUGUUCUUACACAGACGGUGGCAAUCUUGGAACAGAGGCUCACUCUGACAGAGGACAAGCUGAAGGAGUGUAUUGACAACCAGCAGAAGAUCGCACUGCAACAACAACAGCAGCAGCCUGGGGUGUGAAUACUGCAUCCUUCCUUAAAGGAAGAGAGGGCACCUGGUCUAUCCCAACCCAAAUCUGUUUCCCUUGUUUCUCUUUUUCCCCCCUGUCCCUCUCACCUCCUCCUGUGUCUCCCUGUGAGCCACUGUCCUGCCCCUUUGCUCGGUCGGGAGCACAGAAGGGGGCUGUUCAGAGUUCGCCCACACCUUGUGGGCGUGAAGGAUAUUCAUUUGGAAAGCCAGUCCACCAGGGAAGGCAAACUGCUACUAGGUUUUAGGUGUGCUGUUGUCUUUGGGUAGGUUCAAGUGUCGUUGUUUUUCACUUGAAGUAUGUCAGUAGGUAAGUGAGCUGGAGGUGUACAUAAUAUUACAUGGGAAAGAAAGACAAAUAUCCACAACAUUUGGCGUUGAGAAUUUCACUGAGAAGUUGUUUUCUGCUAAGCAAGAUGUGUCAUUAGUCCCAUUGAGGACUUGGCUUACAAUGAUGCCUGGCCAGGGACAUUUAAAUAAAUGUGAACAUUGUCAACGCCCCUAUGCAAUAUCAUACACAAUGAAAACACACAUUACACAAAUUCAAUGAAUUGAAUAAAAGUGAAUAUCUUUUUUUUUUAAGUUAUUUAAAGAUGACCAUGAAGCAAAUCUAUUUGGGUGCCUUAACAUCGAUCUCUUAGAGGUGUAAUGUGCUGUGCUGUUUUGUGUUUUUGAGGUGUGUGAUAUGCCUGAACGUGUUCCUUUCUGAACUUGAUUGUGUCAUUGAACAGGAAAUUACCUAAGGCUUUAAGUCUGUAAGUAUUAAAGUUAAAUGUGUUCUGCUAUUACAAGUUGUCAGACAAAAGAUUGUUUUAGUAUGUUUAAUGAUUAAUAAACAUUGACAUGACAUUCCA